AUGAAAAAAAAAAAAAGACCGGUGCAGCAGGAUGGAACGGCCAUCAAGUCCAUGUUGACGGAGUGCAGGCAUUUUUUAUCUGCUCCCGAGGGUCGUGUAGCUAGGCUCUCAGUACGAACAAACGGGGCCAGGGUGGCUAUGCAGCUGCACGUCUCUCGAAUGAGCAGCUUUUAAAAGUGGGGUCUGGGGUUGAGCAAUACGACAAGGCAUGACGAAGCAAAAGAGCGCUUCAUCUUAGCGAAUAGAAGUCAAGCGAGAGAAAUUUGCGAAAGCUAAGCAAAGUAUUUAAAGCUAAGGUGGCAAUAUUCACCGUUUAAAGAUUGGUGGAUUGCUGAUUUACGAAACGUUUGAUUAGUUUACCAAAAUUAUUAGCGUUGAAAAACUAAAAUUGCAGAUUUUGGUCGAUGCCUAGUUAGCAAAACUUUGAUUAGGCGCGAAGCGGUUGCAGCGAAAAGAAUGAGCUAUCUACAUUGAGAAAACUGAAGAAAUAGCCACAAUCACCUAGUAUUUAAGACAUUUCCUUUCUUCCACUUCGUGGUAAUUAAAAUCUCACAAGCAAAUAACAAGAAAACGCCACAGACGUUUGACUGGCCGUGCACGGCAUCACCUCAUGUUCAGCUACCUGCGGCCUGGAAGCCGGUGCCUUUAAAUGUUACAGCUAAACUGAGUUUGUCUUUAAAACGUUUAGGAUAACAGAAGGAUUAGAAAAGAGUUAAUCUUUUGUAUUGAUAAUUUUUCCCACCACAUAAUAUGUCCUGUUUAUAAUUAUUUAGAGAGAUUCAUUGUGUAGUCAUUAAGAGUUAAGUAUCCGGUCCAUUUCCGUUCCUUAUUCUUUUGUAAUGGUCUGAGGCGGAUUUUCGUUUCACGAACUUUUCAUCACCGGUGCCGCGCGCUAAAACUUUCGAGAUUAAAAACAAGAUUACUGGAAUUUGUUAUUCAAACAUUUCUACUAUUUUCAGUGACACAAAUAUGCAAUAAUGCUUUAAUUAAUAGAGGACGCCUUCAUACCGAAGGUAAGGUAAACAUUAUAACAAAUUGGCUGUCUUCAUCACCUAUGCCAAUAGAAAAGCUUAUACGUGAGUUGCACGAAAGCAAACUUGUGAGGCAGAAAAAAGGUGUUUUUGAAAACCAUGCUAGUUUCGUUUUUUUAUGAGCUUUUAAUUUUCUGCCAUUGACGUCACAAAAAGCAAAAAACAAAAAAGCCCAUCUUUUUUUUUAUUGAAGUCCAGUUGGAAAGACAAAAAUGUCAAAUAAAGAUCCCCUUCGACUCAUUUUGGUCAAUAUUGAACCGCAAAUUACUUUUAACGAUGAAAGUAUAUUCAACUCUCUCCACUUACGAAAUCAUAGCAAAUGUCAACGCAAUUUCGGGGUCCAUCGAUUAGAUGGACGUUUUAGUUAACUAAAGUACAGCAAGUGAAAAUUAAAAUUAAGCGGUCGUGAUCGAAUAUAAUAUGCAAAUUUUGUGUUUCUCUGGUGGUUGGAGAAUGACAAAAACACCUGACUCCAAACAGACAAGAACACUGGAUUGUAAAGAAAACUGCUUUUUGUGGAAGUCUUUAGCUAAUUGGAUAGCUUGGACUAAAAGCUCGACUGUUAUGGCACUCUUGAUUCAACAGAAAACAAAGAUGGUCAAUUAAAUCGUUGUGAAAACAAGAAACUUCGUAAACAAAAGAUUGCUGGGACGAGAAAAAUAAUUAUUCACAGACUGUUUUUUACCGGUGCAACCGGCGAAAUUCAUGUCGGAUACGGAAAAUUGCUAGGGCUUGAUAUUAGAUCUAUAUUGAUUUAUUUUAUUCUUCUGAUGGUAUCGCGAAGCAGCAAUAUACAUAUCAUCGACAGUGACGUUUGAUAGAUUGUGGAAAAAACGGUGAAAGUUCAAUUCGCUGUGUUAUUUAGCGGCCGCGCGUGAGAAUGAUGGAUGUCCCGAACCAGACACCAUUAUGGCCCUCUGCCGCCGGUCCUAAAGUUCCGGAUUUCAACGCGAAGAGUCGGAAAAAUAGGAAUCUCGACAUGGACACUGCUUUGGCCUGGCUUCGCAAAGAGCUGGUGAGUUUAUUUGAAUUCCUAGGCUAGUUGUUUUGCCCAUCGUGAAGAAGGAAAAUAUUCAUCUAAGUUACGGUUCAGCUGAUUACAAUUAUUUCUGAGCGAGUCGUUUAAGUUAUCGAUUCCAACGAGCUUCAUUCGACGGAAGACUAGGAAAAAGCGUCUGAUCUGUUUAAAUAACGGAAAUUGAGUUCGCGGUAAGGCUUACAGUACAGUCAUAAGCUGAUCUAAAGUUAUAAUUUAGCACAUGUCUAAUUUCAAUUUUGCCUUAAAUAAGGAUAGUUAUAUUGGUAAAAGUACCGUCUAACACUGUUAAUGACCACUGAUAACGGAACGUAUAGUCUCUUAAUACCAAAUAUACGUUUUUAAGAUUUCUGUUUUUAAACAUGAAAAAUCGAUUUUUUGAACUUUUCUAAGAGCUUUAAUUUCGUCCGUCGUUCUUUCAACAACUCGCAAUGUUUUCGUCCCCCAUACCCGAUCUCAUACUCGGUUUGCAUUCAUGGUUAAUAAACUAGUUGUUUUCCGCCAGGGUUAAUAUAGUGUCAUUUUUAACCUUGGUCCACGAUAUAAAUGUGUUUUAAUCUAUCAAAAACGAACCAAGAACAACUAUGUUAUACAAAAGUACGUUAGUGUUUUGAACUGGUGUAUAAAAACAAGUGUAGCGUAAACACAUACCCAACUUGGGAAGCGUAUUUUCAUCAUAAUUAACAAUUAGCCCUAUAUGCUUGGGUUGUACAAUAAAUAAUGCGCUGUUAUAGUACCAACUUUCAAGAAAGGUGACGAUUCAAGAUAUUAUCUUGAGCAAUGUUCUGGUAUUUAUACAGAGCGUUCUUGACAGGUUUUUUAAAGUCUAAAUAUUAGCUCGUUUUUAUAUACACCUUGCUUCAUUGACUAUUAAAUUGUUUUCGAAGACAUUUGAAGAGGGGUUCUUGAAAACAUACAUUUUCAAACCUCCGGCCCAAUUGCGUGCAAUUUGUCAUUUCCCAGCGAGAUGAGCGACUGUCUUGAGAACCUACAUAUAAUACAUGUUGGGUUUGUUUUGAAAAGUACCUAGCAUAGAUUUUACAUAAGAAUUUCAAGACACUUCAGAAUAAAUCGUUGCGCAAUAAGUUACACUCGAACAGUUGGUUCUCUCAGCUGGAGGGAAAAAUCCACCACCGACAUCCCACACAAAUCUAAAACGAUCGUACUGCAUGGGGUAUAUAAAUUGCUUAAAAGUAUUAACUGCAAGUCAAGUACUUUUUUUUUAGCAUUAACUCACAUUUAAUUUUCUUGCACUUUUCACCUAAAUUUCUUUAUUUUUUUCCGUCAAGUAAUAUAUCGUCUUGGCAGAAAUUUCCGAGACAUGAAAUUGGGAGUUUCUCUGGUAUACCGGUAUUGACAUUGUGGUCGCCAACAACUUAGUAUAUACUUUUCUUGCAUAUAUAAAGUGCACGUAGCUCCCUUGCCAGCAUGGGAGAAUGUUCUCUUUGCAAAUUUAGUCAAGAGGCUUCUUUUCGUCUUGCGUAAUCAUCCAAGAACCGUCGGAAAGGAGAUUAAUUCGACUUGCAAAAAGCACGAAAAAGAAUUGCCUGACGUCAAUAUGACUUAGAGGCAUGACGUUUUAAGUCUCCAAAAUUAUGAAUAUAAUUUCAGCUUUACUAACAGUUUAUUACUUUGCUUGUGUUCGCGCGCUCAUCCGGAUAAUGGUAAAUCAAAAGGUUGUGGGGCUAUUAUGUUAGCCUUAAAUAGUUUAUUAUUCGUGUUUAUAGACCAGAGCAGAAAGUAUGUUUAUUAGUUGAGACAUAACUCAGACAUAUUGACAUUUUGCUGACUGUGAGUCAUAGUUCUAGGUCUUUUCAAUUUGGGUCGAAUUUUUUUCUGCUAUAUUGAUUCUACAAGAGUCAUUUUCAAUGCUAUCAUAAAAUUUCUAAAUUAACCUCCAACCGAGCGUAAAAUAGCAAUUAGAAAUAUCCUCGCUAUAAAUCAGACCGCAUUACCAUGUACGACCGCAAAUAAUCAGUUCGUUUGCGUAUCAUGACAAAUUUUAAUAAUUGAAUCUUCUUGAAAGCUUGAAAAACGCUUCGAGACACUCUGACACUGACUGCAAAUGAUAUAUGAAAUUCGAGCCGUGACAGGUAAAAAUAUUCUCGAUAUUUCGUGAGUAAAACUAACACUCGCACGAUAUCAAAAUCACAAAAAAAGUUAAGGACUCGUUAAAGACCGCCGGUGGGAGGGAAAUCUGGGCAACGGAUUUUAAUACCCAAGAAAAUUCGUUUAUUUGUAAUCUGCAUAUAUUGCUCGACCUGAGUUUGCCACAUAGAAAUCAUCCAAAACUUUCGCUAGAAUAAAUCAAUUUGCCAUCAACAUGAUCAAGCUGGGUAAAUUUUACGUGACCGUUAGCGGUCCCAGGGGAACUGUUUUAUCAUCAUAAAUUAGGCGUACAUUUACACGUGAAUAAGACGAAAUUUGAAAGAAACAGUUCUCUACAGUAUUAUCACAUGACCCGCAUUGGAGAAACAAAACAUACAAGCUAAAGGGGUUAAUUUUGAUGAUCAAUGCCUACUUAAAUUAUGAAUAUUAACUUGAUUGAAGGGGUUGUUUGAAUAAAACAUCUGUCAUUAUUUUAUUUUAUUUAAAAUUGAUGGUGUAUUUUACUCGUAAAAUCACUGAGCAAAUGAAAAAUAGUUCACUUAGCAGCAGUUCUACACUAGUAUUGACUUCUGAUAAUAUUCCAGACAGCCAAAUGCCUCAGGCAAACCCAGUAAGUCAUUGCGGCGUAUUACGGUCGCACGAGACAUAAUUGACUUGGUUUCGAUAUUAAAACUUUUUUGCACUAGGUCACGAAAUAUCGGAAACAAAUAUACAAGCCCUUUUUUAGUUAAUUUUAUAGACAAUGAUAGUUUUCACUUUGCCCAAUUUAACGGUAACGUGGACACUUUAAUGCUACAAAAAUAACUAUAUAGAGCACUAAUAUAAAACGUUCUAUCACAGAAGUGCUAUUUCGUGCAUGCAUUUUAUGAAAAUGUUGUGGUGGACAAUUUUAGUUUCCCCGAAAGGACUGCCUAACAUUCUCCUUGCCUAAAAAGUGCGUUGAUAUCUGCUAUGCCGGUCGGAAACGACUGAUAUCCUGACAUGUCACAUAUGAUGUUAACUUUCUUUAUUCAUCAAAAUAAGUUUAUAUCGCUUAUUUUUUGUCUGGACUAUACCAUUUUGGCGUUUAACGCUCUAGAGGUCUAGAGUAGACAGUUGAACCUCCAUAAGGCGGCCACCUAUUAAGCAACCACCCUUUAUUAAGAGGCAAGUAACCAAUAGUCUGUGAUGGGAAAUUUAAACCUCAAUCAAAGCGGCCGCGGCCACCUCUUAGCCGUCCCAACGAGAGUUCUCCCAUUGUGGUCACCUCGUUAAGCGGUCAUCAAGCGCUUGAUACACUUAGUUUGCCUUUAUCUAAAGAAUAUGCUCAGUAACAAAUGACGGCCGAUUGUGGAGUGGAUCAGCACUGCUGCUCCCGCCGCGUGUUGGUCUCAAAGUAAAGUGGUGUUUCUGCUUAAGAUUAUGCUAAUUCAUAGACUACGAGUAGUCCCCCAUUUUUCCUCAGGGAUAGUAGAGCGAGCAAAACGCGAGCGCGCGUGAAAAUCAGCCCACGCGAGAAAAGGCGACACGCGGCGGGGAGAGAGAAACCUCAUUUUUCUCUCUCCCCGCCGCGUGUCGCCUUUUCUCGCGUGGCGUGAUUUUCACGCGCGCUCGCGUUUUGCUCGCUCUACUAUCCCUGAGGAAAAAUGGGGGACUACUCGUAGUCUAGCUAAUUCAUGACCAACUUCUAUUGAGCGGCCACUUGCCGGUACCCACAGGGCGGUCGCUUAUUGGAGGUUCAACUGUGGCUUGGUGUCACAUGAUCCAAUUCUAACUCUGUUGCCUCGUUUCAAGUCCAUACUGCUUUGUCCUUGAAUUCGCCACUUUCGAAAAGGAAAGGAGACUGGACCGAGCUAAAUUUCGCAAAGACUUCGGGGGUUGAUACCUUGGACAGGGAAAUAAUUGGCUGCUAGGGACUUUCCGACACGACGGGAGCAAGAACGUCGUUUAAAAAAAUGAUUUGCGUUCUUUCAGUCUUUAUCGCUGUUAUUCCUACUCACUUCCUUUGUCAAAUGUAGGCGAACCCUCCUGAAGUUGAAUUCCAAGGGAUCAUAUCCAAGUUCAGAAAGAGAAAUGAAAUUUCGUUGUCGUUUGUUUACGUUCUAGUUCUCCAUAGAAUACGAAAUUAGGUAUUUUCAGGUCGCAGUCGUGCAAAAACGGCAAGGAAAUGUACAAAAAAGUGUGACGCACGUGCAAAAUUGUUGUUUUGCAUCUUAAACCUAUUGUUUUUUAGACGUUCUCGUUGCUGUCGCGUCGUUGGAUCUUAAAGUCCACAUAACCUGAUCAACGCAUCCCCAGUAACAAUCCCAGACACAAUUGCGCGAUGCAUUUCGGUUCCAGAUCCCCUCUCGUUUCUAAAGUGGACAAAUAGACCUUUUCACCGAUACGGCGGCCAUAUUGAAUUAAUUCGAUUUAAGGAGUAUUAUAGGAUGCCCAGGGAGCACAAGCACAUUUCGUUUGUAUUUUCGAGCGCUUUUCAGGACAUUUUUUCUUAAAGUUUUCUUACAAUAAGAUUGUAAUGCGAAAAAAGGUCCUUGUGCCGUGUCUUGAUGUAAUAAUGAUCGCCUUUUUCCCGAGAAAUAUAAAGUGAAAGAUCAUAUUUCUAAUACUAAACUAGAAAAAGGCGAUCAUUAUUACAUCCAAACACGGCACAAAGUUCUUUUUUCCCAUUACAAUCUUAUUCUAAGAAAACUUUAAGAAAAAAUCUCCCGAAAUAAGCUCGAAAAUAGAAACGAAAUGUGCUCAUGCCCCCUGGGCAUCCUAUAAUACUCCUUAAGUCGAAUUAAUUCAAUAUGGCCGCCAUAUCGGUAAAAAGGUCUAUUGCUUCUACCCGGUGCGCGGGGUAAUUGGGGAGGAUGAGCCGUGCGAUUUGUCCCAUGAUUCGCUGCUUUGCCUCUUCUUUGUGCUAUAUUACGAAGUCCGGGAUGAAGGAGGUCUUGUUUGUAUUUGUAUUACUUUCGCUUUUACAGUUUAAACCUUGUCAAACUGAUGAACAUAUCGUUUUGAUUUGUUUGAAUUCCUCAGGCAGCCAUACAGCUUCAAGACAAAAACAUGCACAAGCAGUUGCUUGCAAUGCGUUCAAGCAUCUGCGAUCUGAAAGACGAACUUAAGAAUGAAAGAGAAAGAUGGGAAAUGGAAACACAACAGGAGGAAAGAGCAAGAGAUCUUGAACCGGCUCCAGGAUAUGUGAGAGUAGUGGAAACCAUUAAAAACAAAAACCAUCGAGAAGAGCUUAGAAUAAAUCACGCGAAACAAGACUCUGGGAUAUUAAGCGACGAAGAAGAAAGCGAAGAAGAGGAAAAGAACGAAAAAAGUGUAUCGCAGUUACUGAAGACUUUUCCACCCGCGGUCAACCCUCGAAGCAGUUCAUUUUUUGCUACUGCCAGACGUUCCAAUAGUUAUCUUGGUCAUUUGAUCAAACCAAGUGAGAGUGAGGGAAAGGAAAAUAGCGAAAGAAGAACGGGGAAUGUUUUCAGAGCUCGCGCACGUAGCCUGGCUGACACUGAACGAUUAUCAAGCGCACCGUUCACCUGGCGUCGCUCGCAUACUCUUUCUGACGGCGCUGUUAGCCGUUUCGGGAGCAUGCCGGUAAUAAAUGAAAUGCCUAGCGAUGCCUUCGAGCGGAACACUUACAGGACAAAGACCUUUGCAGUGUACGGUUGUCGGCGUUCUGAAGGCGUCGACGAUCACGCACGCCAAUCGUCGUUUUCCUCUUCACUCCCAGCGUUCGGAUCGCUUACACGUCACAGUAGUAUGCCUGUCAUGUAUAAGGGUGGAAGACCGAGGUCUGGAGACGAGUUUAGAAGCACAAAGGAGAACAGAAUAGCCAUAAAUAACAAGCAGCCAGUGAUCAAGCGUUCCACAAGUCAAAUAGUUCUCAGUAGACCAGCCUUCGAAAAAACUGUCAAAGAGACUGCUGCGUCUAAAGACAUGUACAGGAUGUACAGAUCUGCCAGCCAGAUAUCUCUUGUAUAG